AUGAUGCAUGCGCUCGCUGCGUUUGCUGGUGCUUCGCACUGUGAUGACGUGCAACCUGAUGUCGAUCAGCCCUCACAAGUUCAUCGUCGACGCCAGCUCACUCUACAGGAGGGCAUCAUUCAAAUCACCGGGCACCCCAUUGAAGUCUCGCACGCGUUGUCGGAUAUCCAGCUACGAGCACAGCAAACCUGCCACUGCUUUGAACACCGUGUGGAUCAACUUCUUGUCCAUACACGAGCCGAGGUUGAAGGUGUCGCGGCUACGAUCGAGCAGAGGCUGCAACCGCGGCUUGAAGAAAGCUUUCGCAGCUCACAGCUAGUGGUUCAAUCAAGCAUUGGUCAAGGUAUUGACGAGAUCACGGCUCGCGCUGACACCGCAGAAACGCGCCUCAUUGAAGCUCGUGCACGACUCGAGGAAGCUGUGGAUAUUAACGUUGCCAACUCUCAGCUAAUUGAUCCUGAUAAUUUAAUUGCCCGAGUAUGUGAAGAACAUGUGAAUCAAGCUUUGUAUGUGGCACAGGCUUCUUUUGAUGCAGCGGUGGAGGCAAAAGCGGGGUACCAUGCAUCGCGUUUGGAGUCUCGCCUUCGGGAACAUGUAGAUGAGUCACAGCUGAAGACGCUUUACACCGCGGUAGAUCUGGCGUCUGAACAAGAAGCUCGCACGCAGGAAAAGCUUGAAUCGCUGCUGAUGACGGCCUGCAAACACACUGAUUCAAGCGUAGCCGCUAUGGAGACAAACCUCAGCAAAAAAAUGGAUGAUUUUACCUCCAAGUUGGAUCAUUUUGUUGAGAAAAAAUGGCUACGAGCGCAAAAGCUAUUGAGCAGCAGCUUAAUAUUCGUCUUAAAGCAACCGGCGGCCAGCUUUUCGGGGAAAUCAAGCAGGACGUAG